AUGGCGUGCAAACCCAUCACGCCAAUAACAGCGCUACGUGGCGUGCCCACGCCUGUUAUCAGCGAUCAGUGCUAUUCCAUGUGGAUUCCCGCGAGAUUGGCCUUCACGUUUUCGGACACGGAGAUCAUGACCUCGUUGGGGGCUGAUCAGAAGUCCGCACUAUGGACGAACAGCAUCAUCCACCUCCGUCACUUUAAAGUAACUCGGGGAAAAGGAGUGAGCUUUACGUGCACCGAUCGCGAGAUCUGUACGAAGCUGGGCAAUUUGAGCUUUCACAUGUGGAAAUACCUUCAAGAUCCCGCCCUACUCAUCGUAUUCUCACUGGUACUAUGUGGAGUUACAACGCCUCGCUGA